UGCAGUCUCACAAUCAAGCCCCAGAGGUAAUGCUCAGCAUUCAUUUUAUAGUAAUUUUUCACAGUUUUAAUCAUAUAUAGCACCGUUUCAUGCCAAAUAUCAAUGGCAGCUGCCGCACGUUUGGGUUUCUUAGUUCGAAUAAAGGCGGUCGUUUCCAAUCCGACUCCUCGAUAUUUUACAUUUUUAUCCUGGCGUUAGGAUUUUUUUCCAUAAUGUUUUGUCCAUGUGUGUAGAAUAUGAAAUAUGAGAGCGAUUGUUUGCGCCGUUUAUGUUUGCUGUGCAUAAGUUACUCGCAGCGCUGGUUAUUUACUUAUUUAUAUGAAAGGCAAUUUCGACAUGUUUAUCAUGCGGCUUUCCUACGUAGACGACAUUUAGAUAAAUUUGUGUUUGUGUGUACUGUUUAGCUUUCCUUUUGCAGAUCACAUGUCAAGAGAGAGGGGUGAAGUCCAGCGAGUGUUAGCCCAGGCGCUGACAUUCGUACAUCAAGCAGAAGAAGAACUUGGAGCAGACAUGGAAGGGCAGAACUCGGCUGCAGAUUCUGAAGCGGCCGCAUUUGUUCGCGAAACUAGAGCCUUAUUUCAAAGAUGUUCAACUGCAGAGACGAGUCACAGAAGAGGAGGCAGAAAAUAUAAAGGACGGGUUAGAGGUGAUAUUUGGAAAAGUAACUUGUUUCUGUUACAAAAACACAAUGAAGACUUUGUCCCUCCACCAUUAGAAAUGGCCAGGUUGACAAGAAAUGGUCUGGGUGUUCCUAAACAUGAACAGCCUGGUUCUACUGAAAGAUAUGGCUCAAAGUCAAUAAUUCAAAGGAAAUGGAAUUUUUCUUGUUUUGAGAAGUUUGUACAGGAUAGCUUUCCUGAAGCACCAUUGCAUUUGACCGGCUUCACCUUUGCAAAAGCAGAAAAAGGCAGACGUCUUAAAAAACUUGCUGCAACAACAAUACAUGAUUUAGAAUUGGAAACUGGAAAAGGGAAGAUUUGUGUAGUUCCUGGACGAGAUCUACCUCUACCAGUUCAGCUGACAGAAGCAGGAAUGUCCUCAGUUACUUUUGCUGACAGACCUGAAACCAACUUGCAAAAUGAAGGUCAGACCCAAUUAGAAGAAGUGCAUGGUGCUUUGAGCUCAGAAAUUCAUCAUGUAAGGAACAACCAGGAGAGGCUGAAUGUCAAUAUACAGACUAUAGAAGGCAAUCAUCCCCAACAUGAGGUAAGGGUAUAUUUCACAGUACUUCUUUAAGAAGUUGAUAAAGUGUGCCAGCAGCUGGCAGGAGUUUACCAGGCAAAGGCACCACUAAAAGGAA